AUGGGGGAACGAAGCCCACGGCUAGGGACAUGUCUUGCAGAAGGCGCCGCGCAGCUGCUCCACGUGCUGGUUCAGGGUCCGCAGCUGGUCGCGCAACGGGCCCAGGAUGCUCAUGAGGCGGUGCAGGCAGCGGGGCGGCUGAACAUCCCGAAGUCAGGAUUUUGUCGUGUGUGUGGGGGUUGGGGGCGGGGGGAGGCUGCUGGGAGUUUAUUUUCCGCUUGGUGUCAGGUGCGUAGUUCCAGGUGUCAGGAAAGCUGCUCAGGGCUGGGGCGGACCGGGCGGUGGAGAGCCGGGCCCUCACUCCUUUUUGGUGUCUGCUGUGUGGAUGUGGAGGUCUGCUGGCUGCAGCCGCCUAGUCUACGGCGGGGUUGUAGGGGUUGUGGGGGCGGGAGGGGCUCUGGUGGCCUAGCGCCUCCGCAGGCUUGGAGCUGGUGGUCAUCGCUCAGGUCAGGACUGCGGCCCAGCGCUGGCUGUGCUGGUCUGACCACCGGGCUGCUUCCUCAGGGCGUCCUGAGCCAGGCCACAGGUGGUCAUGCUGCGGGAGGCCUGGUGGGGGGAUUCCGGGUGCUCUGCAGACUCCAACACUGUGGCCAUGAAUGGGAGGGUGGACUUCCUGAAAAAGAAGCUGGCCCACCAGUGACCCGGGUCAGCCUUGGGGAUACCUGGGGGGUGGGGAAUGGCUUCCGCGGGGCACUCGGUACUACUGCAGGAGCUGUUGCUGGAAGUGGAACCCAGGCGGCCCUGAGAGGAGAGGUCCCGUCAGCAGCACGGGGCGCGGGGACUCCCAGCCCACCGGCCCUUAGGGGUCCUGCAGGUGGAGCCCAACUGCUUCUUCCUGCGCUUCCAGACCAGCCCCCAGUCCAUGUCCGUCUCCCUCCUGCCUUCAUCAGUGGACUCUCUGGGGGCUUUGCCUCCUCGUCCUCUUCGUUUGUCAAAAAGUCUUCAGUGCCAUCCAUGUCCUCUGUGUUUCAAAGGUCCUUUCUGAGCUCGCUGGUACCGCCGGCCCUGGAUGUGCCUCAGCACGUGUUCUGGGCGCUUGUUGAUGUGCCGCAGGGUGAGUUUGCAGAACAACUGGCGCGGGUUCUUGGUGCUGGGCACGAUGUGCGGUUCAAACUCUGCAUAGUCGAAAGCCUGGGAGGCGCGGACCAGCCGCUGGUACUUCUUGCCGCGGGUGUAGACCUGGAGCUCCGGCAGGCGGCAGGGCAGCUCCUGACCCGUCAAGAUGCACCUCGCCUUGCAGGCGUCCGGCUGCAGCCUCAGGCUCGGUGCUCGCGCAGGAAGCGGGCAGCUCGCUCAUGGCCUGGCAGCCCGCGGAGCAACCCUACGGACGCCGCUCGCACCACGUGGAGCGCGUGCGGGCGGUCCGGGCGGCGCGCGCCUACCCAGGGAUGCGGCUCUGGCCCCUGAGGCCGUCGUCCGCCAGCCCUGACCCCGAACCGCCGUCUGGAGACGCCCCGGUGACCCUGUCCCGGAGGCCUGUAUCGCCAAGCGCGCUGGCGGGGCCCCUGUAGCUGGUGUCCCCGGGCUCGGCGCCGCGCGCGUCUUGGAGCGCGCGGGAGACCGAGCUGCUGCUGGGCGCGCUGCUCCGCCAGGCUCUGGCCCCCUCCCGCCGCGUGUUGGGCGCGCUGGCCCGGCAGCAGGUGCACCGCCCCCGGCAGGGCCGCAGCCGCCACCACCGGUUACUCCGCGUCAGCUUCCCCCAGGUGCAAGGCCAGGCGCCCGGGCUCUUCGACGAGCACACCCCGGAGCUCACCGGGCUGCCGAUCGAUCACGGGCGUAAACUGCCCCGCCGCCGCUACCGGGGGUCUGGGCGCCGCCAGCAAGGCCAAGGUCCACCCCCAACGCACUCGAGCCGGCUCGCGGCCAAGCAGGCGCCGCCCCGCUGCCGACCGCCCGCAGCCCCCACGCUGACCCCGCCUGGACGCCCCGCUUCAACCGGUCCCCUCAGAGGUCUGCGGACGCCUCCCGUGCUCCAGGAAGCCCAGAGGACCGCGCACCCCGGCCGCUGAACGCCGCCCUGCUGCUGACCCUGGGGCACCUGCACAGCCUCAUGAGCAUCCUGGGCCCGUUGCGCGACCAGCUGCGGACCCUGAACCAGCACGUGGAGCAGCUGCGCGGCGCCUUCUGCAAGACAGUGUCCCUAGCCGUGGGCUUCGUUCUGGGCAGUGCGGGGGCCGUGGGCUACAUCCUGGGCAAUGCUGCGGCCUAGCGAGGGGUCACCAGGAACCCGUGCCAGUGACGCCUGGCUGUGGCUGUGGUCAGCCUCCCCGCUCCAGGCCGGGGCUCCUCCGCCCUGACUCCCCCUGCUGCCUUCCCAUCCCCACGCCUGUGCACGUUCAGUAAAAGCAUUGUUUUCCUAGAAAAAUAAAGCAGAAGAUGUCAUAAUAAAUAAAUAAAUAAAUAAU